AUGAAGCAAGAACUAAACGAUCAAAAUGGUGAUCUAACUAAAUUUUAUCCUGAUGGAAUUUAUGUUCAAAAAUUUAAUAGUAAAAGUUCUACUCCGAUGUAUGAACCAGUUCAUAAACCUAAACAAUUAUAUCUUAAAAGAAAAUUACCAAGAAAAAAACAAAAAGAAUUUAUUACAUAUUGUAAUGCGAAAGCUAAACAAGUUACGAAAUCUGAAACGACUGGAAAAGUAAAAAAAAAACUGAACAGUAAAUCGAAAAAAUCAACACAAUCUACUAAUAAUAUUAAAUAUCAAAAAAAUAAAACUUUAGUUAAACCAGAUUUUAUUGAUGAUGGAGGUAGAUCAUUUAGUAAAAAAGUUUGUUCACUUGGAAAAUGUGGAGAUUUACAUGCUUAUAAUGUUUGUAAAUUCAAGAGACCAUUUGGAUAUAUGUCAGACAUAAUUAAUAUUUUUGAACAAGAUAAAAAUUUUGUACCAGUAGACAGACGAUUUUAUUCAAUUCCAUUACUUCAAAAAAAAAAUAAAGUGGGAUUCACAUCUUUUGAAUUAUUAGAUUUUGUAGCACAAAUUAAAAUGGUAUCAUUUAAUCCUAAUAAUUUAAAUGAUAAAGCAAAUAUUCCUGGAACAAAUAUACCAUUAACAAAAUUACUUUCACCAUUUAAAAUAGAUUUUUAUUUUGUAAGAAUUUGUGAUAAAGAUUUAGUAAAAAAAGAAGAUCUUACAAUUGAGGAUGUUCUUAUUGAUCCAACUAAUAUUAGUGAACAUGAAAUUAAUGAAGAAAAAAUUACACCAAUAAUGCAUUUUAGUGUUGUGAUUCUAUGUGAAGGAUGUGUAUUUAAACCUCAUAUAGUUACGAUAUGUCGAGAGUUUGAAAAAGAAGAAAAAGAUGUUUGUAUAUUAUCUACGAAUACAAAUGAGAGUAUAAUUUAUAAUAUUGCGAAUUAUAGAUUAUUCAUAAUUGUAGAUUAUAUGGAUGAUUUAUAUCAAGCUUGUUUAAAUAGUGAUACAAUAUCUGUUAAUGAAAAGAUUAAUUUAGGAACUCCUUAUGGUGGAUUCAAUGCAGGAUAUCCAGUAUAUUUUACAAAAUUUGAAGCAGAAAUAGCUUAUGCACCAGCAGUAAAAAAUCAUAAAAAUUUAUCAGCAUUUGCAGAAAAUGUUGAAGAUUCAAAUGAACAAAUACCUGAUGAAGAAGAUUCAAAUGAACAAAUACCCGAUGAAGAAGAUUCAAAUGAACAAAUACCUGAAGAUCAGAAUCAGAUUCCUGAACAAAAUGAUGAACAAAUUCCAGAUAAUACUAUUUUGAUUGAAAAUUUAAAAAAAGCAAUUAAAGAUUCGAAUUUAGAAGAUUUAUUUUUAAAUGAACAAAUUUAUAAUAAUAUUGCAAAUUCUUUAUUAAUAUUUGAAGAAAAAAGUCAACUUCAAGAUGAACGUAAGCAAGAGUUGAAUAACAGAAUUAAUGAAAUGAUAAAUGAGACAGAAAAUAUUGAUAAUUUGAAAGAAAAUCAAGUUAUAGAUAAUUUGAUAAAGCGAUCAGAUAUAACUUUUCAUGGGAAAAAUUUAUUACAACAAAAUAGAAAAGUAAAAUUAAAUGAAUUACAACAAGAUCUUUUGCAAUAUUAUAAAGAAAUAAUUAAUAAUACUGAUGUCUCAUUACAAUUACGAGAAAUUCAAUUAGCAAUAGGAAAUGAAAUAAGAUUAACAGCAGAACAAAAAGUAGUUUUAUUUGAUUUAGUAAAUGAGAAAUAUCAAAAAAGUAUACAACAAGAAAAAAUUAACAAUAUUAAUGAGAAAAUAAGUAAAGAAUCUAAUAUUGUUAAAUUACAAGUCGAUAUAAAAGAUGAAAUUGAUGAUGAUAAUGAUCUUACUUUUCAACAAAAACGUGAAUUACAUAAUAUACGUAAUGAAAAAAUUAGAAAUCUUUGUGGAAAUACAGAAUUAACAAGAUUUCAAGAAGAAAUAGAAAAUGAAAGUUUUUUUGGUAAUUUAAUAGAUAGAGGACAUUAUGAUAAAAUGAUACAACUUAAUGCAUCAUUAAAUGAAGAUCAGAAAAAAAUAUUACAAGAUUUAAGAAAACAACGAUUAGUUUUAUUAAUUAAUAAAAAUUAUGAUUCAUUAUUAAAUGAGAUUCGACAAUCAAAAGAUAUUGAAAGAUUAAAAGAUGGUGGUUAUUAUGUUAAUCGAAUAAAGGAAGUUAGACAAGAAUACUUAACUAAUGAAAGAACACGAGACAAAUUAGAUCAAGCAAGAAGAUCACGAUUAGAUUCUCUUAAUAAUAUUGAAAGAUUAAAAGAUGAUGGAUAUUAUGUUAAUCAAAUAAAUAAAAUUAGACAAAAAUAUUUAACUAGUGAAAGAACACAAAAUAAAUUAGAUCAAGCAAGAAGAUCACAAUUAGAUUCUCUUUAUGGUAACGAUGAAAAUCAGAGUUAUGAUUUAUUGUUAGAAUUAAUUCAUAAUAGUGAAAAUAUUAAUGAAAUAUUAUCAGAUUCUGAAAUUUCAAAAGAUAUACAAAUGUUAAAUCAAACUUUAUUAACUGGAAAUCGAGAUUUAGUAUUAUUGGAAAAUACAAGAAAGCAGAAUUAUAAUGAUGGAUUAUAUGAUAUUUUAAAAUCAGCAAUUGAAAAUGAAAAUAAUAUUGAUAAAUUAAAAACUACUUGGAUGCAAGCUAUUGAAAAAAUUGAAUAUGAAUAUUUGACAAAUGAACGAAAUAAAACGAUACUUCAAGAAUUAUUGAAUAAAAGAAUUCAAUAUUUACAACAACUAGAAGAAGUACCUAAACAAGAAAGUAAUCAACCAACAACAAAUCCUGAUAAAGCAGAUUUAGAUCGUAAUUUAGCAGGAACAGUAGAUCAGCAAAUAACGUAUAUAAUUAAUCAAUAUAAAAAAACAUUAAGUGCUGAAGAUCAAAGAAAAUAUUUUCCUCGUACAAAAACUAAAACUGUUUCUGAAAUUAUUAAAAAAGCUUAUGAUACAAUACAAGAUAAAUGA